CGCGCGGUCCCGGCUCUGUUCAUUCAUGAUUGGUACUCGGCCCCCGGAGACCCAGCCGGAGCGCCGGGAGGGGAGCCGAGCGUGCGGCGGCAGGAGGGGCGGGCGGAGCGAGGCUCCCGCACCGCACACAGCGCUGGCUCCGUAGCCUCGGCCGGCCGGGCGGGCGGGCGUCCGCCCCGUGUCCAGCUCCAGGCAGGCUCCCAGGCACUGUCGCCGGCCCUUGGCGAAGGAAGCAGCCAGGCCGGGGUCCGAGGGCUCUCGGGGAGCCGCUGGCCCUGUGAGUCAGUGCAUGUGCAGGGCUGAAGACGAAAAGAAAGGGCUCCCCAGAGCCGGCCCCACGCUCGCUGAAUACCAAGCUGCAAGCGGGCUGCUGGGCGCUCUGUUCCCCCUCCAGUUCGGAGUGGAGGGUCCACACUGAUCUCUUUCCAGGGGAGGGGAGGGCCAGGGCCCGGGGUCCCAACUCCAGUCUCGGCUGCCAUGGGGGCCGUCAUGGGCACCUUCUCUUCUCUGCAAACCAAACAAAGGCGACCCUCGAAAGAUAAGAUCGAGGACGAGCUGGAAAUGACCAUGGUCUGCCAUCGGCCCGAGGGACUGGAGCAGCUUGAGGCCCAGACGAACUUCACCAAGCGGGAGCUGCAGGUCCUCUAUCGAGGCUUCAAAAACGAGUGCCCCAGCGGCGUGGUCAACGAGGAGACGUUCAAGCAGAUCUACGCACAGUUUUUCCCUCAUGGAGACGCCAGCACGUACGCCCAUUACCUCUUCCACGCCUUCGACACCACCCAGACCGGCUCCGUGAAGUUCGAGGACUUUGUAACCGCUCUGUCCAUUUUACUGAGGGGGACCGUCCACGAGAAACUAAGGUGGACGUUUAAUUUGUACGACAUCAACAAAGACGGAUACAUCAACAAAGAGGAGAUGAUGGACAUCGUCAAAGCCAUCUACGACAUGAUGGGCAAGUACACCUACCCCGUGCUCAAAGAAGACACUCCAAGGCAGCACGUGGACGUCUUCUUCCAGAAAAUGGAUAAAAAUAAAGAUGGGAUCGUGACUUUGGACGAAUUCCUUGAAUCCUGCCAGGAGGACGACAACAUCAUGAGGUCCCUCCAGCUGUUCCAAAACGUCAUGUAACUGCGGACACUGCCAUCCGGCUCUCGGAGACCUUGGACGAAGCCCACGCCUGAACACCUUGCCCCGCCCCCUGCCCAUCUCACACCCUGACUCCGGGGCAGGGGCGCCUGCUCCGCUUCGGAGGAGGCCUCGGCGGAGGACUUCCCGCGGAGCCCAGGACCACGCGGCUCGGCCUCUGAUUGCCAGCUCUCCCUCCUCCCUCUCCCGGAGAGAGAGCCCAGACGACAUUGGAAGCAUGCUCCUCGCCUCACACCGCUGCCCCGCGGACGGUCCCUCUGCUUCAGCUUAGUAGCGCCCACCUGUCCGCCCGCGUGCCCCAGCCCACCGCUGCCCAGCGCCGCCGCCCUUGAUGCACCUGGAAGCAGGACGACCUGAGCCAAGCGCACCCCGUCCUCUGCCGGCCUCCCAAACCAACGUGCCUGUGGCCCUUCCUCCCUUCGGUGGGAAGAGUGAGCGUCGCACCGAUCAACCUGAAUCUACCGCGGCCGCGGCCGGAUGGGGAGCGCCAGCACCUAACCUGUCUCCGUGGGCUAGGACAGGGUUACCACGCGUGGCGUGGCCUGACGACCCAAACCACCCACGUCUUGUGUUUCCAGGGGCCAGCGCCGAUCCUUCUGUCUCACACCAGCGCCUGUGCUGGUGGUACAAAUCCCCUAACUGCCCGGGACGGGCGCCAGCGCCCUGUGGCCCGCGUCCCCACGCCAUCUCCCGCUAGCGCCCAGCGCCGCAUGUCCCUUCCAGAAGGCCCCGAAUGCCUGCAGAUUGCUGUAAUUUUAUACCAUCUUCUAAUCAAUAAACAGAAUUAUUUCU